AUGUCAAGCUAUAACAGGUGCGAUAAAUGCUCAGAGCAUAAAGAAAAAAAUCUUUUAUGUUUAAAUGAAAAGUGUGGUAGAAAUAAGUUGUUCCAAUAAAUAUGCAUCUAAUGUCAUAGAUUAUAACACAGAGAUUCAAGUUAAAAAAUAACUGAAGAUGAUAUUGACUUAGUAUUGAGUUCAAUAAAAAGCUCUGCAUAAGGCAAUUUAAAAUAAAUAGCUGUAAAGAUUUUAGAUAAAGGUAUGGUUGAUACUAUUAAUAACUUGUUAGCAAAUAUCAAUGAUGUGAUUGAGCAAUUACAAUCUAUUAAAACUGUAUUCAAUAAAAUUGUUGAGCUUUCUAAUUCAUCACAUAUUGAAUAUGAAAAUAUUGUAAAGAGGAUAGACUCUAUUACAAGCAGAAAAGAUGAAGAUAGUCAUAUUGCAAGGUAAUUGAGUAUUUUAAAAGAAAAAAUUGUUUAUAAUCCAGAAGGUAAAAUAUAAUUUAUUCAUGAGUUAAAUAAGACUUUAAUCAAGCAGAACUCUUCAAGUUUUACAUAGCACUGUAAAAAGUAGAUGGAAAAGAUUAAUAUUUCUUUACAAGAAAUAUUCUAAUUCGACACGCUCAUAUUAGAUACCUUUGUCAAAAAGAAAGGAACUCCUGAUACUGAAGAUCUUUCGGAUUUAAUAAAACCCUAGUAGCCACAGAUAGAAGAAGUUUAAGGAUAAGAUGAAUAAGAGAAAUGCGAAAAAAACUAAAUUUUAAAUGAGAUAAAUAAUAUCAAGCAAAGUUCAUUAAGCACUAUUAAUGAUUUGAUAUCGACCUUGCUGGGAAAAAGCUUUAAUGUAAAAUAUUUUUGA